UUUCUGGCUUCAGCUUCUGCUUAGACGCUUAGUGUAAUAUGUUAUGUAUCCUGACGGUUACGAUUUUCGAUUUACUUACACCUAAAUUAUGUUUAUUAUGAAUAACUUAUUCUUUUUUUGAAAUUUGAUUAUAUAUAUAUAUAUAAAUAUUUUCGUUAACAUUAUUCAAUUGAUUAUUAAUAAUUUGAUUAUUUGAUUAGCAGCGAUAAAUACAAAAAUCAUAUUAGUAAAAAUUUUUAAAUAACAGAAACAAUAUUUUUGUAAUCGUUUUUAUAAUUCAAUAAUUUAUUAUUGUAAACACAUGAGUAUUUUCUUAUUCAAGUAAAUUUCAUACUUUAUACCUAGUUAAAUAUGAUAGGCGAGUCCAGAUCAGAGUUUAGACUUAAAAACCCGCCAGAAGAUGGAAUAUCAUCUGUAAAGUUUGGACCUAAUUCAUCUCAGUUUUUAUUAGUAUCAUCUUGGGACUGUUCAGUUCGACUUUAUGAUGUCCAGGCGAAUAGCAUGCGUACAAAGUAUACACAUGAUCGGCCAGUAUUGGAUGUUAGCUUUCAGGAUGCAGUUCAUUCAUUUAGUGGUGGUCUGGAUAACAAGUUAAAAAUGUAUGAUUUAAAUAGUAACUCAGAAAGUGUCCUAGGCUCACAUGAUAAUGCGGUACGCUGUGUUGAGUAUUCAAAUGAAGUAAAUGUAGUUUUAUCUGGUGGUUGGGAUGGUAAUGUUAAAAUGUGGGACACAAGAACAUCUCAAUGUGUUGGAACUCUCCCUCAACCAGACAAAGUUUUUACUAUGAGUAAUGUAGGUGAAAAACUUGUUGUUGGUACUGCUGGAAGAAAAGUAUUUGUUUGGGAUUUAAGAAACACGGCAUAUAUAAUGCAAAGGAGAGAAUCAAAUUUAAAGUUUCAAACAAGAUGUAUACGUUGUUCACCAAAUAAACAAGGUUAUGUGUUAAGUAGUAUUGAAGGAAGGGUAGCUGUUGAAUAUUUUGAUACAGCUCCAGAAAUUCAGAAGAAAAAGUAUGCUUUUAAAUGUCAUAGAAUAAAAGAUAAUGAUAUUGAAUGCAUUUACCCUGUAAAUGCUAUCAGUUUUCAUCAAGUAUUUAAUACAUUUGCCACUGGUGGUUCUGAUGGAUAUGUAAAUAUUUGGGAUGGUUUUAAUAAAAAAAGAUUAUGUCAAUUUCAUCGUUACAAUACAGGAAUUACAUCUCUAUGCUUUAGUCAUGAUGGUUCAUCUUUGGCCAUUGGUAGUUCUUAUAUGUAUGAACAAGACGUACAUCCAGAUCCAAUACCAGAAAAUAAUGUUUAUAUUAGAUAUGUUACUGAUCAAGAAACCAAACCUAAAUAGUUUUAUUACAUAAAUACAUUUUUAUUAUAAACAGUAGUUUUGUGAAUUUCUUAAUUUAUCAUGAUUAAAUUUACUAUUUUUUUUUUUAUCAUUAAAUGU